AUGACCAGCCCGAGCUUCAUAAAAGAAGGUUCCAUGCACAAGAAAUUGCUUGUUCUCCUUGCCUUGAAGCUUCAGGAUGUAGGACAGGAAAAAGAGGGAGAAGGCUACAUUGAGGAAGCUCUGAACAGCACAUCCUCCCAAACCUAUGUCUUUCAAUAUGCAAGCAAAUUUUACCGAAAAAAGGGCUGUGUGGAUAAAGCUAUUGAGCUCCUUAAGAAAGCCUUGGAGACAAGACCCAACUCUGCCUCAGUGCAUCACCAGUUAGGGCUUUGCUACAGGGUAAAACUGUUUCAAGUAAAAAAUGCAAGAAAUAUGAACCCUAGAAGGCAGGAAAGAGAAAAUGUGCACAGAUGGGUUCAAUUGGCUAUAAAAGAAUUUCAAGAGACUCUAAGAUUAAAGCCAAGAUUUGAGAUGGCUUAUGUUCACAUGGCUGAAAUGUAUGCAGUAAGAGGCCAGUGCAGAGAGGCAGAAGAAAAUUUUCAGAAAGCAUUAUGCAUGGAUAACCUUGCUGACCACAUACAGCAAGACAUUCAUUACCGCUAUGGCCAUUUCCAACAAUUUCACAUGAGAUCUGAAGACAAAGCAAUCACCCAUUAUUUAAAAGGAUUAAAAAUACCAGAAAUGUCCUUUGCCAGGAAAAAACUUAUAAGUGCCUUAGAAAAACUGGCUGAAAGCCAUGUGAACCAGAAUGUGAGUGUUGUGGCCAGGGUCAGCCUCCUGGGGCUCAGCCAUGAAUUACAAGGGGAAGUGAAGGAGGCCCUGCUGUGCUAUGAGAGGGCUCUGAGGCUCACUGAUCAGCUGAACCCUGUGUUUUGAGGAAGGGGCCCCACCUCCCACUUCAUCUACUCACAACUAAAUAGAACAACAAGCUUCCCUGCUUGCUGCCUCCUGAAAUGUAUAACUGCUGAAAUAAAAAAGUAGAUGGGACAGCACAUGCCCUCUCCCUGCCUGCCUGCUCCUGCCUUCUCCCUGCUGCCUUAGUGCCUAGGCCAGGAGCAUCCAUCCUCUCUCCUGGCAUCCCUGCACUCAUUGGCCCUGGAUGAAAAUCCUGUUUGACACCCAGCAGCUGCUGGAUCCACCAGGAUCCUUUUCCUAAUGACUGUGCCUUGGAAAUGAACUGCUUCUUCCUUCAGUGAGGCUGUUGUCCUGGACCAAGGAGAAUUCAACAGAAAGGGGUUCUUUUUUAUGUGGCCAGAUACCCUGAGGUACUACAAAAUCCAAGAGCAAGACAACUUUUCCUCCUCUAAAAUCAUUCCUGUCAAGUCUUUUGGUUACAGCAAUGAAAAAGCUGAUGAAAACGCAUCUCUGGAAAUUUGUUCAAGCUAACAAGACUUUUGAUGUUUCAGGGAAAUAAAAAGAAGAAGAAAAACAAAUCUUGUGUGAAAGGUGCCAGUUGAAAAUGACAUAAAGAGGUUUCUAUAGUUUUUAGGUGGUAUGUGAUAUAUGCUUUGUUUUUU